UCUUUACGGGCUCGGUGGCAAACUGUUGAGUCAUAUUUUCCUCCUAACACAGUGAGACUUAAUCUAAACCAUGCUGGCAACCAGGACUUUGCUGUCCAAACAAACACUGGCUGUUCUCUCUCGCCAGCCUGCCUGCUUUGUUCACCACGGUGACUAUGGCAAUUGGGGAAAUACCAAUGUUGCAGUGGUUUUCUCAGGAUGUGGCUGGUGGGAUGGGACUGAUGUCCAUGAGGGAGUCUACACCAUGUACCACCUCAGCCGUAAUGGUGCUCGCUUCCAGAUGUUUUCUCCAAAUCAACAGCAGAUGCAUGUGAUGGACCACAUGAGAAAGCAACCUGGCUCUGGCGAGAACCGGAACAUGAUGACGGAGUCAGCUCGUUUCAGUCAUGGUCAGGGAAUGAUGCAAAUGCAGGACCUGGCCAAGUUGGAUGUCAACAGCUUCGAUGCUGUCAUCUUUCCUGGAGGCCAUGGUAUCACCAAGAAUCUAUCCUCUUUUGUGAAGGAUGGCAAAGACUGCAAACUGCAUAAUGAUGUGGAAAGGGUGCUUAAAGACUUCCACCGUUCACGCAAGCCUAUUGGACUGGCCAGCAUGGCUCCUAUGCUGGCCUGCCGUGUGCUGCCCGGCAUCGAGGUGACCAUGGGCUAUGAGCGGGACGACAACACUCGCUGGGGGAACUGGCCUCAUACAACCAUAGUGCAGGCCAUAAAGAGCAUGGGCGCACGCCACAAUGUCCGCGAGCCAUAUGAAGCCUAUGUGGAUGAGAAGAACAAAGUGGUCAGCACCCCCACCUUCAUGUGGGAAACAGAGUAUCACUAUCACUAUAUUUUUGAUGGUAUUGGAAAUAUGGUCAAACAUGUCAUGCGUAUGUCAACCAAGUGAGCUGAGACAAUGAGCCAGAAAAAGCAAUAUAGGAAGUUGGUGUUGAUACACAACAUACAUGUCUGUAUUGUGAUGAAUUCUUACCUGAAACAAUAUAAAUGCUUUAGUUAAAGAGCA